AUGGCGCCCUCUUCGACUUGCGUGUCCGCGACAGUGGCGUAUUCCAAACGAUCUGAAAAUCUUCAGCACAACACGAUCGACGCUCUUACCAGGAUUUCUCUGUUUGACGAUGCUGGCGAACCACUUGGACCCGUCUCUGGUGGUGGUAGCAGCGGCACUGGAAGUGGCGAAGGGAGUGGUAGUGGAAGCCCAAUACCAAAAAAUUCCCAAGCCAAGCACGAGGUGUCGAUGUCGAAAGCCAGACUUCCCGUCCGCAUCGCGUCGUUGGUUCCUACUGCAGUAUUAGCUUCUUGUAUGCUCGAAGGGUCAACUCAAGUCUACGUGGCAGCCCAUCCUGUUCGGCCAGGUGGUGGUCUCCAGCAACAUUCUGAAUACGAACCACCAGAGGUGACGAUUACUCCGCAACUCCCUUAUCCAGAUGGGCCAACAGUGGCGGCAGUGACCAAAGAGACCGGUUUUCUUCUCCAGCAACAAUCCACCGAACCUGGUGUAUAUACCAACACAGAAUCCAACUCGUUCCCGGUUACGUAUAGCACUGCGAUGGUUACUAGCGGUCUCGACAGUGGUCUUCAACGACAUCCUGGUGAUGAUCCACUGACAAUCGAGAUGAUGGCUUUAGAAGUCCCCUACGGCACCGCGUUCGCAACCAUGCCCCGAGAGACUAGGUUGCAAACGCGGGCCGAAUCCUCACUCUUCCGUCCAAUAGCCGACCAGACCACUCUUGUCUCUUUGAUACACAAGACCGGUACACCUCCGGAAAGUCCUGGCCCACCUCCCAACUCACCUUCAUCUCGCCCUUCGAUCUCAGACCACAUCCUGUCUUUCUUCCCUCUGGUUUCGGGAUUCUUCUUGAUCACAUUGAUCUGGAACCUCUAUAUCCGGGCCGGGCGGGACAGAGGUGGUGCCAAACAGAUCGAUGGAAAGUCGGUCGGAACCAUGGAACUAGAGCGGCUCUUGAGCAAAGCCAAGGGAAAGGUUAGAGCAAGCAGUUCGGGAGCAUGGUUGAGUGCUGCGAAUAAGGGCCCAGCGCCGGUUCUUGCAGACGGUGGCGUCGAUGGGUUCAAGUGGAAACAGUGA